CAAUAUAUAAUGAAAGAAAAACCCUAAUUAGAAGAAUCCAUCUGUCCUUUGUUAGCCCCGCGAAGAAGAAGAAAAAACAAGCUGCAGUCGCCAUGGUGAAGUACUCCAGAGAACCCGAAAAUCCUACUAAGUCUUGCAAGGCUAGAGGCUCUGAUUUGAGGGUUCAUUUCAAGAAUACUAGGGAGACUGCCUUUGCUAUCAGGAAGUUGCCGCUUGUUAAGGCAAAGAGGUAUCUGGAGGACGUUUUGGCCCACAAACAGGCCAUUCCAUUCCGACGCUUCUGUGGUGGUGUUGGGAGGACUGCCCAGGCGAAGAACAGACAUUCCAAUGGACAAGGACGCUGGCCUGUAAAAUCAGCUAAAUUCAUUCUUGAUUUGCUCAAGAAUGCUGAGAGCAAUGCUGAGGUGAAAGGUUUGGAUGUGGAUGCUCUUUACAUUUCCCACAUCCAAGUCAACCAAGCACAGAAACAAAGACGCCGCACCUACCGUGCUCACGGAAGAAUCAAUCCCUACAUGUCAUCUCCCUGCCACAUAGAGUUGAUCUUAUCCGAGAAGGAAGAGCCUGUUAAGAAAGAGCCGGAGUCCCAGUUGGCAACAAGCAAGAAGUCUCAAGGUCUUCGCAGUGGCGCUUCAUCCUAAAUUGCUGUCGAGGCAGAUGAUUGAGUUACUAAAUUCCUAGGGUGUUAGUUUUGUUACUCUGUUUGCCACCCUAUAUUUGUCAUGGAUCGUUUUUUUUAGAAUGAACAUCAAUUUUGUUUCACAUAUAUUCUGCCAAGUUAAUUUGAGAUUAUGGGAAAUUUGUUAUGGAAAUCUACUGAUUAUUAAGUUUUAGUUAAACGAGAGUGAGUUACCUUGUGUUAA